AGAAGCAUGAAAUGUUUGUAGAUUUGUCAUGGAACAUGUUGUCAUGUGAUUGUGACAACAUCAAUUUUCUUUUUUGGUUAAUGCAAUCCAGGAUAAAUUUUGUGGAUUUACAUAACUACAGAUGCAUAUUCGAUUCCGGAUAUGUAAGGAAAUUUGCAGACGGCGAAGGAGCACUAGAGCAUCUGGAAGAAAGUUGUCGAUUGUACCUUCUCUUGCACUUGUAACCCUGUCCGCAGUGGUGCUGUUCACGUCCCUUGUCCUGUCGGGUGUUUGUUACCGAUACAGGUGGAAUCUGAUCUAUUUCUUCUACGCGACGAAGCUCAAGCGUAAGAGAAAUAAACGCAAUGGGGACGACAGUUACGACUUCGACGCCUACGUUUCCUACGCGGAUGCAGACUUUGACUUCGUCCGAAACAUGUUGAAUGAACUGGAGAACCUGCUUGGAACAAGACUCUAUAUCCGGGACAGAGAUUCCCUUCCAGGUGCACCAAUAGCUGAGAACAUCAUCGACGGUAUCCGACGGAGUAGGAGGACGGUGUUGGUGUUGUCCAGGGCCUUCCUGAGAAAGAAAUGGUGCAGGUAUGAGUUACACAUGGCCAACAUGGAGAGUGUGUCCACACGUCGAUCAGUGAUGACCAUCAUUAUGUUGGAGGAUGUGUCCAGACAACAUAUUCCACCUGAGAUUCUGUACGAUGUUCAAAAUGGCCGCUUUGUUGAUUACCCACAGGAAGACAUGGACAUGGAUCAGUUCUGGAGAAACUUGCAUGUGGCAAUUGAAAUGUAAAAGUAAAAGACCAAACUUUGUUUCAUGGUGUUGCCAGAAAGAAUAUUCCACCUGUGAUUCUGUACGAUGUUCAGAAUGGUCGUUUUGAUGAUUACCCACAGAAAAACAUGGACAUGGAUUAGUUCUGGAGAAAUUUGCAUGUGGCAAUUGAAAUGUAAAAGAGAACGACUGUAACAAACUUUGUUUCAUGGUGUUGCCAGAAAGAAUAUUCCACCUGAUAUUCUGCAAAUUGUUUAGAAUGGCCGUUUUGUUGAUUACCCACAGGAGGACGGGGACAUAGAUCAGUUCUGGAGAAAGUUGCAUGUGGCAAUUGAGAUGUAAAAGAGAACGACUGUACCAAACUUUGUUUCUUGGUGUGGCUAUUAGUAUUCUUAUGCGUUUCCAAUCUCCAACCUGGGCCAAAAAGAGAGCGGGCGGGCGAUGAAUUAAUUGGAAACAGAUUUAUAGCCUAGUGUGUAUUCUACUUCGUGCAAUUUCAAAAUUUAGAUAAUUUGUAAUAGUCUUUAAAUUAAUUUUUGAUGUAAAUGGAGUCGCUUUGCUUGGGAUUUUUUUUAUAUUAAAUGUUAAUAAAGGUCAA